AUGACGACCGCUAACAUGACCGCGCCCCAGGACCUCCGCGUCGGCAACAAAUAUCGCAUCGGCCGCAAGAUCGGCUCCGGCUCCUUCGGCGACGUCUACCUCGGCACGAACAUUAUCUCGGGCGAGGAGAUCGCCAUCAAGCUCGAGAGCGUCAAGGCGAAACACCCGCAGCUCGAGUACGAGGCCAGGGUCUACAAGUCGCUCGCCGGCGGCGUCGGCAUCCCGUUCGUGCGGUACUUUGGCGUCGAGAGCGACUACAAUGCCAUGGUCUACGACCUGCUGGGCCCCAGCCUCGAAGACCUCUUCAACUUUUGCAACCGCAAGUUCUCGCUCAAGACGGUGCUGCUGCUCGCCGACCAGCUGCUGUCGCGUAUCGAGUACGUGCACGCCAAGUCGUUCCUCCACCGCGACAUCAAGCCGGAUAACUUCCUCAUGGGCAUCGGGAAGCGCGGGAACCAGGUGAACGCUAUUGAUUUCGGCCUCGCGAAGAAAUACCGCGAUCCGAAGACCCAUUUCCAUAUCCCCUAUCGGGAGAACAAGAACCUGACCGGCACCGCGCGCUACGCGUCCAUCAAUACACACCUCGGCGUUGGUACGUUGUACACCACCUCGCACUCUCCCCCCGACCCUUUCCUUCCAUUCUACCACAAGGCAGCAAGCAGCCUACUUCCUCUCUAUACGCCCUACCUCCCCCCACCCCCCGAGCCGCCCAGCUAA